CACAACCAAGGCAAGGCAAAAUAGUGACAUUCUCCAAACAAGCAAAGAAAGGCAAAGGAUUCCCAAGUUUUCCCUCCUCCACUUCCAAACUUGGGCAUAAAAAGUCUCCCUCAAACUUCCAUUUCCAUGGCUGCCAUAACCCCUGUGCUCUUCUCUCUCUUUCUCAUCCUUGCAGGUUUUUCAUAUCAAGAAGGAGCAACAGCCUUGGGAAUCAACUAUGGCCAAGUAGCCAACAACUUGCCAUCACCAAACCAAGUAGUGUCCCUCUUAAACUUCCUCAAGAUUAGCAAGGCAAAGAUCUAUGACACUAACCCUCAAGUCCUCACCGCCUUCUCGAACACAGGCAUCGACCUAAUCGUCACACUCGAGAACGAACUCCUUUGGACCAUGGCCGACCCUGAACAAGCCAUCCAAUGGGUCUCAACACACAUCAAGCCUUACGUACCGAGCACCAAAAUCUCUGGAAUUUUGAUAGGAAAUGAGAUUUUCACGAAUGGAGACCCUACCCUAAUGGCUAACUUGGUGCCAGCCAUGGUAGGUAUUCGCAAUGCCUUAGCCCGCUUGGACCUGGCCUCUAGUAUCUGGGUCUCUACAGAUCAUUCCCUAGCAGUACUGGGAAGCUCAUAUCCCCCCUCUUCAGGAUUUUUCCGACAAGACCUAGUCGGAUUAAUGACACCAUUGUUGGAAUUCUUGGCUGCAACAAAUGCACCAUUUUGGAUCAAUGCCUACCCUUAUUUUGCCUAUAAGGACGACCCAUCAAGAAUUUCUCUAGAAUAUGCCUUGUUUGAGCCUAACCCAGGAAUGUACGACCCAUACACCAAAAUUUUCUAUGACAACAUGCUCUAUGCACAAGUGGAUGCUGCCAUUUUUGCUCUCUCCAAGUUGGGUUUUGGAGGUUUGGAAGUUAGGGUUUCAGAGACUGGGUGGCCUUCCAAGGGGGACCAGAAUGAAGCCGGUGCAACUUUGCAAAAUGCCCAGACUUACAAUAGGAACUUGUUGCAGAGGCAAUUACACAAUGAGGGAACCCCAUUGAAGCCUAAACAAAGGUUGGAGAUCUACUUAUUUGCCUUGUUUAAUGAGAAUUUGAAGCCCGGUCCAACCUCUGAGAGAAACUAUGGGAUUUACCAGCCUGAUGGAACCAUGGCUUAUAAUGUGGGGCUUACCUCUUUAGAAACUUCUUCAGCUGCUUCUGCUUCCUCUGAUGCCUUAGCCUCUAAUGCCACCAAGGUAAGAUGUGAGAUUGGGAGCUUGGGGUUUUGGAUUGCUGCAUUGUUAUUGUGUUUACAAGUUAUGAUGAGAAGGCAAUUUUAGGGGCUUUAGAGGUACUUGGGGCAUCAUUGUUAUGGACUUCUCUUAACCCAAACACUAAUCCCUAAGACGCAACGAAGAAUUUGAUUGAAGGUGGAACUAACAAUCCCAAAUAUGUGAUGCUUGUAAUCGUGGCGUAAACUCAGGGGAUGGCUGCUGAGAGAUCUCAUGGCAUGGCAUGUGGUGGAUCAACUUUGGGAGGUGGAAUGCAUUUUGGGGGCUUGUGAAAUGCUGCUAUCCCUGUGCCUCUUUUCUUUUUUUUUCUUUUCUUUUUCCUUUCUUCAUAUUAUUAAGCCCAGGUCUGAGAAGGAAGAUGGGCUGGUUUGUUGGUUCUUCAUGUGAACAAAUCCUGCCCUCCAAUUUAACAUUUUAACCUUUUUUUUCUUUUUCUAUUUUAUCCUUUGAGUGCUCCUUCUCACAUGAUUCAGCAGUCCCAACUUUAUUCUUGUGUAGAAAAACCAUGCAAUGAAAGUAUCUUUAUAGUGGAGC